UCAGUAUGUCAUAUUCGCAGCUCGAUAAAGGAAAGUUUUUGCUCAGGUUGUAGUCGAAAUAUUUGAGAAAAUCUUGGAAGAAACUAUAAACAAUAAUCUAUAUUGUUUAUUAGGCGAAAAGUAAUAUUUCGUUCAAAUAAAGUAAGUGAAAUGUAGUGUUUAGAUGGUGAUACUUGUGUAAUGUGUAUUGAUUUUCUGGUCUCGCUUGCAACCAUAUCGACGCGUCGUGUUCUUUCCAGGUAAAUUUAGAUAUUUUCGGUAUCGUCUUCGGGCAAUCAAUUGACGACGCGAAGUGUUCAAGUGUUCAUUUUUAAUCUCUUACAGACUUAUAAAGUGUAGUGUAUUUUGAGAAAAUUCUCUUUACGUGCGGACUGAUUUUUUCGUGACUCCCUCUCACCACCUUUGGUGACCUAUUUAUUUGUGCUUUCGCGACCGUGAACCGUGGGUGGCAAUACGAUUUGCUAGCUACUUUCGCUAAUCCGAGCCAAACCAAUAUUCUAGUAUUAUUUUAAACUUGUACAGCAUUCAUUACAGCGUCGUAAUAAUGUAAAGCAUGCGAUUUCCAAGUGUUGCUUUUUAUUGGAAAGAAUUUCACUAUUGAAGCUGUGGUCUCUAUUUGAAAACAACAUUUAGAAAAUUAACAAAAAAAUGUCUUCAAGACGAAGAAGUAGAAGUAGAGAUAGGAAAAAUGUGCCAGCAAAACUUAGAAUGGAUACAAAACCCCAGGCAAUUCGAAUUACAGACCCUAGUUUACCUGCUGGCAGAAGAAGAGAAAUUGAUAAUGUUAUGAAAAAAGCUAGGGCUCAAAAAUCACCUAAUUCUGGCGUAUUUUGGGACAAAAAACUUUUGGAGGUCGAAGCUAAAGAUCCAAACAGGUGGCGCCACAGCGGCUAUCAAUCUCUCUAUAUCGACGGUUCGUCGUCUCCAUCGUCCAACGGUAGACGAAGUCGCUCGCGGUCGUUUGGUCACGGCUCUUCACCCGCAACAGGUCGCCGCACUUCGCCGACCUCGAUGCGUCGCACGUCGCCGGCAAUGUACGGAGGACGCUCUGCGCGCUCGCCCCGCUCCCCGAGAUCGCCGCCUCCGCGUAGCACCCGCUCUCGUUCUCGAUCUUCCUCGCCUCAUGCUCGUCGUAGAUCGCCACCGCCUUCAUAUAGAAGACACGUGCCUGGAGGUGGCAGGCCGCGUUCUCCGCCAUCACCGAGGGAUCCACCAUCAUCGAGACAUCUGAAGAGAAGAUCCGUUUCGAACAGCUCUAUCAGUAGCUGUUCUGAUGAUUCUUGUUCCGUUUGUUCUCCGAAGGCUCAUAGAAAUGCUAGAACGAGAUCAAGAUCAUUUUCACCGAGACCACGCAAACAACCUCCCAAAGUUGUCUCACCUCCUCCAAAGUCACGAGUUCGUCAACGACCGCCGUCACCAUCACCAGUGCCCAAACGUGUUCCUAGACCCACGACACCUCCACCAGUUCAAAGAAAAAUUCCGAAGCCCAGUACCUCAGAUAGACCUACUGAUCCUAGGAGACAACCUCCGCCUCCAAGGCCAAGGGGAAGUACCGGCGAAAUUAUCAAUGUUAGAGGUGUGAAACCUCCUGCUAAACCUGGAACCUUUAAAAAAAUUGGAGAAAAACCUAUGGUUAAACCGAUGGUGCUGAAAAGGAUCAAAAAAGAACGGACAGGUAACAGACCAGGUUCUCCAGGCGGCGAAUCGUCCGGUUCAGCUGACAGUGCACCCUCUGUAUUACCUUCGCCAAUAGUAGCUACUACAAAUUUGACUUUGUCAGAAAGAUUUGGAAAAAUAGCCCAGUGGAGUGCAGAUAGGGAGAGAAGGGAAAUGGAGAACAUGCGUAUUACAAAAACAGGAGGCAGCAUGAAAGUGUUGGUCGAAGAGGACUUCCUUUACGGCAGUCCCCCAAGAAGGUACAGCAUAUCUCCAGUUCCAACAGGUCAUUUUCCUGAUAAGUUAAUGUCAUCCGGCCAAUCAAGACUAGCUGCAUGGGACGAUGUGCGAGUCCGUUAUCAAUACUAUAAAGAUCUGGGCUAUUUGCGUGACCUUACAUUGGACGAUUACGUAAAAUGGGAGGAAUGGUGGUACAAAUACCAAGACUGGUUGGCCAAUGAGCGACACUACGAACAUUGGCUGGCGACUCAAGGUGGUAGUGGCAGGCGGAGAGGCAAGAAACGCUUACCUGCAACACAGCGGUUAAAUUAAAAAAGACGACGGUUUAUCGGUGUUUCAAAUUCGGUAUGAGAUGCUUAGACUGCGUUGUUUAACGGUUUUAAAGUGUUGAUUUUAUUGUACAUAUAAAGUUGCUUAUAAGUUUUAUGCCACUAAAUAUGAAUGCGAUGGAAAACUAGCAUUCGGCAAAUUUUCUUUAUACAUAUACGGUAUGUGGCAAAAUAAACAGUACUGAAAUUUGUAUGUGCCAUGUGCCGAAACGUACUGAAUGGUUUCCAGACGUCGUUGUAACUUAUGUGAAUGUCGUGAUAAUGGGAGGUGUUUCAGAAUGGUUCUCAGUUUCGCAGAAAAAAUUUUUAUGGUGGAGUACUAUUUUCGGUCAUACGGAAAAGGUCACGAAAAUGGUCUAAGAUUAAAAUCAACAACGGUUUCAGCAGGACGGGACAACCUGUCACACUGCCAGGGAGUCUCUUCGAAUACUGCGCGAUCAUUUUGGGGGUUGCCACUCACCAGAACUAACGCCACCAGAUGCGUACAUAUGGGGAAUGCUGAAGGAGCCAGACAGAUCCACCGUCAGCCAUUUCGAAAUUGAGGACUAAAAUUAAAGAUUUUUUUGUGCCAGAGGCAGUGGCGGAUCUAGAAAUUUGCCUUGGGAGGGAACAUUUGCCUUAGGGGGAACUUCCAAUCAAAAACCAACCAAAAGACGUAAAAAAGAUGAACUCAGAUUACAUAGAAAACAUAAAUGAUAACUUAUAGGCAUUAAGUUCCCUUAAUUUUACUACCUAGCGUGUUUAUUGGAUUGAAUUUGUCGUUCUGUGGUUUCGGAUUUAUGUCACCUAUUAAAUUUUUAUGAUUGGAAUUUUUUUUCUUAAUUUAAGAUCUUGUUAUGGGAAAAAAUUUCGUCAUUUUCCCUCCACGUAGAUCUGCCAAUGGUCAGAGGGCAUCUUUAACAUCUGUUUUAUCGGGAACUUGCGUCGUCGUGAGAAAUGGUUGCAAGGCUAUAUAAUGUAUACUAGAUGUAUAAAUAAUCAUAAACGUUUCAAUAUUCAUUUCAGUACUGGUUAUUUUGCCGCAUACUGUAUUUUUUAUCUGCCUAUCCGUGCCAAAGUACGGACUUCGUGUGUAUCUAUGUAAAGUACAUUUUGGAUUCUGAUUUUUCUUAUCUCGUACCUAACCUGUUUUCAUUUGGUCGUAUAUAAAAGAUAUUAGCGUUAAAUUGUUAAAAAAAACUUAAGUAGAAAUGAAACAUACAAAUAUUCGAUACGCUACUAAUAAACCUUCUUCUUUGGGCACCGCGCCCAAAUAUUUAGGCGUGGGUAGCUUCCAUGACAAUUUGCCGACAUCGUUUUCGAUCUUGCGCGGCAUGUAACAAUUGAUCUGCUGAUAAGCUAGUCUAUUGACUAUUGAAUAUUUCUUUCGACCAAUUCCUCUUUUUCCUCUAUCUUUCCGUUGAGUAUUAAUUGCAGUAUCCAGUAUCUGCUACCUUUCAUUGUAUGCCCCAGAUGUUCAAGUUUUCUCCUUUUUAUCAUCGUCAAUUCACCUCCGCCUUGAUAUACACACACCCAAACUUAUAUGGAAUCAUCCGAUAUUUCUUAUUAUUCCGUGCGAAUUUAAAAAGCGAAGACACGAAGUCAAACAAUAUUUAUUUUAAAGCAAUUUAAUAACAAAUACAUAACAAUUAAAUAAAACAAUAAAGUAUUUAACAAACAAAUUGAAAGUAGUUGUUUUAAAGUCAAUAGCAUACAAAAUUUCAAUGUAAAACGAAUAAUGUUUAAAUUGUUUUUAUUUUUUUUUGUAUUUUGUGGUAGUCAUUGUUAUCACCUCUAGUCCUUAUGCAAGCUUCAGUUUGCGUGAGCACGCUCCUAAUCAAAUUAUCAACAUUUUGUUGUGGUAGGUUGGUCCAUCCUUUAAAAGCAGAUUGUACUAGCCGUGCGGUGUUUUGUGGAUUAUCCCGGCGAGCUCUAAUUUUUCUUUUAAGCAUAUCCCACAAAUACUUUAUAGGAUUAAGCUCGGGUGAGCAAGCAGGCCACUCCAAACAAGGGAUACCUUCUGCUUCAGUGAUGUCUGUAGUCACUCUAAUGGUAUGAAGAGGUCCAUUAUCAUAAAAUAAAAUUAAAUUUUCUCCUGUUUCACAUCUCCAGGCCCUGACUACAGGUUAUCAACAUACCUGUGAGCAGUUAAAGUUGAUUGGAUGAAAAUUAAAGGAGUUCUUUUACGGAUCACAAUUCCUCUCCAGAACAUUACACUUCCCCUUGUAUAUUUGUGAACAGAUCUGACACUUUUCGUUCUUGCUUGUCUUCCUCGACCUCGUGAGUACACGAUUUCGUGGAUCAUCUGAUUUUCCAUCUGAUUACAUUAAGUCCUGACCGUUUUUGAAAAUAGCACAUUUUGUCAAUUCCCAAUGUUCCAGUUUUCGUGGUGAAGACACCAAUUUAGGCGAUCAAUCUUGUGCUGCCUGGAUAACUCGGGAACUCAUAACUGUCUCCGGCUGUAUACUUCUUGACACGAACUCUUCUUCGUAUCGUUUCAACUGAAAGUUACACCUGUAGCUUCCAAAAGCUGCCUUUGGAGCUGCAGGUGAGAAAUGGUUGGGUGUCUUCCAGCUGAUUGGACAAUUAAACGAUCGUGGAGAGCCGUUAUUGGGUAUAAAUAUUUUAAAUACAUCCCAUAUGCACGCCAAUGGUGAAUAUAAAAUUCUCAAUUGUAUGUCAAAAAAUGCGCAAUAACUCCCUCUUAAAACCUACCAAAUUUCAUUUGCAUAUCUCAACCUGAUUUAGAGCCACGAAUAAACUGUCAGUUUUUAAGAAAAAAUUCAACAUCCCGUAUCUCGGAAACGAAGCAUUUUAGACAAAUCUUUAUAAAGCAAACAUUCAUUAUUUUUUCAUGCAGAAUUACCCCAUAAAGUUUGUCGCACUUAUUUAGAAACACCCUGUAUUGAUGAAGAACAUGGCUAGUUGUUAAAAUACCUAACUUUUUUAUUAUCCAACACAUGCAAAAAGAAAAUGUUAAGAAAGUCUAAGGCUACAAUUGAGUUUUAAUUUCAAUAUUUUAUCUAGGCUAUAAUAUACCACAGAGAGUUCCGAACUUUAAGGAAAAAACAGUAUGAUUGUUACACCCGGUAUAAAAUGACAUUUACCUGUCUAGCAACGAUUGACAUUGAGAUUCUUAAAUAAUAAAGCCAUAAGAUACUAAAAAAAUCACUCAAAUCGGACAACAGGUUUAGGAAAUUCGAGGCAUCAAACGUGUAUAAUUCAUCUAGUGACCUAAAUUUUUUGCUCGCCAGUGUAUUAUAAUAUAACGUUAGCUAUCGAAUAAACUUAAAAACAACCUGCUAGUUUUCACUAUCAUAAACUUGUCAGGAUGACACGUUUAUCACGUUCCACGAUUAAAGCUUCCCCUGUUCCAGUGUUCCCGUACAUCAAAGUUUGUCCGACUAGACACUUUUAAGCUGUAAACAAAUUUUUAGCUUGCUCUUUAUUUAUAUUGUAAAUAAAUGUGCACUUCUAAAAUCCAAGCUUUUCACAUCACAUUGUAUGCUUUUGCGCUUGUGCUAAUAUUAAUUAUAUUAGCAUAGUAUAAAUACUUGAUUCAACACAGUCUAAGUAUCUAAAGGCCAUUCUGGUCGUUGGCAAUAGAAACGAAUACGUGCUGAGACUUUAUGUUUAUGUUGCUUAUUUAAGAAAACAAAUGAACUUCUUAAGUGAAAGAAGGUAUUCGAAGGUAAGGUAUAAAAAUCAUAAAGCGAAUAGUUCAAAACGUAUAUAAUUAUUUACUUGAAAUUAAACUAGUUUUUUUAGUGACCGAAAAAACACACAUGAAGUUUUGCUGUAAAUAUAAAUUAGUUCAUACUCGGGGAUAUACUUAAAGUAAUAAUUAAGAUAUUGAAAGCUUAAUCAAAUUUUACUUUUCUAAAUUUUAACACUAAUGAAAUAUCCAUGCUAAGACUAUAUAAUUUGUUAAAUAAAAACGUUAUGUUAUGCAUAAAAAACGGAUUAUUAAUCGUGAUUACCAGUCACCAUGUCUUGACAUAAAUAUUUGGCAGUUUUUUGCGAAUAUUCUAUAUUCUGGGCUUCUUGUAACUAAUUUCCUUCUAUUUUCAUAUUAAAAUUUCAUUUGGUAUGUUAUUUGCCCCGAAUAAACACAAUAUACAGGGUGUAACGAAAAUACAGGUCAUAAAUUAAAUCACAUAUUCUGAGAUCAAAAAUAGUUCGAAUGAUCCUAACUUACCUUAAUACAAAUAUGCACAUAAAAAAAUACAGCCCUUUGAAGUUACAAAAUGAAAAUCGAUUUUUUCAAAUAUAUCGAAAACUAUUAGAGAUCUUUUAUUGAAAAUAGACAUGUGGCAUUCUUAUGACAGGAACAUCUUAAAUAAGAAUUAUAGUGAAAUUUGUGCACCCCAUAAAAAUUUUAUGGGGGUUUUGUUCCCUUAAACGCCCCGAAACUUUUGUGUACGUUCCAAUUAAAUUAUUAUUGUGGUACCAUUAGUUAAAUAUACAGCGGUGCAGAAGGCAAAGGGAAACCACUGCACUAUUUUCCCAAGAGAAUUUCUUCCCAUAAUGAUGACAAUUUCAGUAAGUGAAGAUGGAAUGUGUAGCGACCCGACUCACGCUCGGCGCCAUCUCGGUUCCGGGUCGGAUGGUGUGAAAUUUGCUACCGGCUGCCAAGGUGUGAGGGACCAGGCACCUGGCAGAAAUUGUGCGACUGAAUCCAAAUUUUCAUUUAAUUUAAGAAAAUGUCAGCGAAUUGGUACAUGGAACGUCCAGGGACUGAUCCAAAACCCUGGAAAGUUACACAUAAUUGAAAAAGAAAUGGCAGACCACAAUCUUUCGGUACUGGGACUCUCUGAAACUCGCUGGAGAGGUAAAGGGCAUUUUAAAACAACUGCUGGCAACGUCGUCUAUUUUUCAGGCCCAGAUAACAAAAGUACAAAUGGAGUCGCAAUAAUUGUACCCUCUAAACUUAACGACUGCGUAAUUGGAUAUAAUACUAUUGAUGACAGAAUAAUAUCCCUUAAAAUGAGAAUAUCCACCAAUACCCUACACCUUGUCCAGGUAUACGCUCCUACAACAGCUGCACAAGAAGAAGACAUCAACAAGUUCUAUGGUCGUCUAGAAGAAACUGUUCGCGCUAUUCCGAAUCGUGAACUCAUCAUAAUUCUAGGAGAUUCUAACGCUUUGGACUGGGACAGAGAAAUGAGAAUGGCGACCGUCUAGUGGAGUUCUGUGUAGAACAACAUCUUACAAUUACAAACACGUUAUAUCAACAUCAUCCACGGAGAUUAUACACAUGGCGCAGCCCAGAUGGACGAACAAGGAAUGAAAUAGACUACAUCCUCAUAAGAUCAAGAUGGAAGUCAUCGGCCAACAACUGUAAAACAUAUCCUGGCGCAGACUGUGGAAGCGAUCAUCAACUCCUGGUAUUGAACGUUCGACUUCGUUUUAAAGUUCCCAAAAGAAGACCCCAGAGAAAAGUCAUGUCUCUAAAUCCAUCAAAAAUCAAUGACUUCCAACACAACCUAGAAGAAGCUCUCUCUUUAGACCAAGUAGAUAGUGACCCUGAGAGCACUUGGGUUUAUUUCAAAGAUAAGGUAAUCGAGGCUGCAAAAGACUGUGAGGCAGCGGUUUCCACUGGCCGUAAGCCUGGAUAUCCGAUAAUACGUGGACUGUGAUUCAACGCAGAAAAGAACACAAAACUAGACACGGAACAAACGAUGAAUACAGAGCGUUAUCGAAAGAAAUAAAAAAACAGUGUCGCAAAGACAAAGUUGAUUACAUCUCUCAAAUAUGCAGAGAGAUAGAGGAACAUGGCUGUCGAAAUGAACCGAGGGAUUUAUUCCAGAAGAUCAAACUCCUUACCAGAGAAUUUAAACCUCAAACGUGGUCUGUAAUAGAUAAGGAAGGUAAUCUAAAGACCGAUACUGACGAAAUAUUGAAAACAUGGCGAAACUACUGUGACGAGCUAUAUAAAAAUAACGAGGUAUCAGCAGAACAUCAGUGGCCCUCUGACUACCCUAGAGAACCUACUGUCUUACUCGCUGAAGUCAAAUAUGCAAUUAAAUCACUAAAGAGAAAUAAAUCCCCAGACAUUGAUUCAAUACCAUGUGAAAUACUACAGUUACUAGGUGACAGAGGAAUACAUAUCAUCCAUUCUAUCUGUGUCGCUGUUUGGAAUUCAGGAAAAUGGCCAUCUGAUUGGUGCACCUCAAUUUAUAUCCCGCUACACAAAAAAGGAACUACUACCAGAUGUGAAAACUACCGCACACUGUCACUAAUAACACAUGCUAGUAAAAUCUUGUUGCAUAUCAUCAAAAACAGAUUAAAAACCUUAAAAAUAUCUACAUUACCAAAUACCUCAGGAACAAGCGGGAUUUGUAAAGGGUAAACGUACAAGGGAACAAAUCCUGAACCUGAGACAACUUAUUGAAAAGUCUAGAGAAUUUCAAGUACCUAUGAUUAUAUGCUUCGUUGACUACCAAAAGGCAUUUGAUUGUGUAAGCUGGAUAAAUCUGUGGUCAAUUUUAAUAGAAAUGGACGCACCAAUGCACCUGGUGACACUUAUUAAAAAUUUGUACCAGUCUAAUAUAGCGACAGUACGACUAGAUCAGAAGUUCUCAAACUAAUUCAAGACCGAGAGAGGUGUUAGACAAGGAUGCGUGUUGUCACCUGACUUAUUUAACAUUUAUGGUGAACAUGUCAUGAGGAUGGUUUUAGAAGGAUGGGCCGGUGGAGUAACAGUAGCCGGUAGGAAAAUCUCCAAUUUGAGAUUUGCUGAUGACACUACACUUAUAACAGCAAAUGAGCAAGAAAUGUUUGAUCUUCUGCGAAGAGUUGAGCACGAAAGCAAUAAAGUUGGUCUGAAAAUCAAUAAAGCUAAGACAAAAAUAAUGGUGGUCGACAGAUUCGACACUAUUCAACUGACUAACAUGUUACAGGAAUACCAGAUAGUAAACACCUUUGUCUAUCUCGGGUCUAGUAUAACUAACGAUGGCAACUGUGAAGCAGAAGUUCGGAGACGUAUUGGUAUGGCAAAAAACGCGAUGAGUCGCCUAACUAAAGUUUGGAAAGACAGAUCUAUCUCUCAAAAUAUCAAGAUGAGACUGGUGAAUGCCCUUGUAUUCUCAAUAUUUCUAUACGGAGCAGAGACUUGGACUCCUCGCGCAUGCGAGCGCCAAAAAAUUGAUGCCUUUGAGAUGUGGUGCUGGAGAAGAAUGCUGCGCAUACCAUGGACAGCUUAUAGGACAAACGUUUCCAUUCUAAACCAACUCAAUAUUAAAAAAAGGCUGUCCACAAUAUGUCUGCAACGAAUUCUGCAAUUCUUUGGUCACGUGGUUCGCAGAGGUGACGACAGUUUGGAGAGAUUCGUUUCUGGAAACGUUCCGGGGAGAAGAUCAAUAAAAAUAAAGAAUUCAGCUGAAAAUUCAUUCUGCGAAGCUCUUAGAGCAGCUGAAGAUAGAGACCAAUGGAGAAACAUUGUUAGGAAUAUUGGAAGAAAUUACGAUCCUCAGUAAUGGGGAAACGACAAGAGAGAGAAUUAGUUAAAUUCAAUAUUUCUAAAACUUUUGCCUCUUAGUAUUUUUUCGAUGUCAGUUUUUAUCGAGUUUCGGCUUCUUUUUUAAUAUGUUUACAUAAAAAUUUUAUGGGGGUUUUGUUCCUUUAGACCCCCCAAAUGUUUGUAUGUUCCAAUUAAACUAUUACUGCGGUACCAUUAGUUAAACACAGUGUUUUUAAAAGUUUUUUGCCUCUUUGUAUUUUUUCGAUAAAGCGCCUUUUAUCGAGAUCAGGGCCCGGAUUACGAACACUCGAUACGAAUCGUAUCCGCCAUGUUUUCCCAUAAGGCGCUACGGUAAAACAUGGCGGAUACGAUGCGUAUCGAGUGUACGUAAUCCGGGCCCUGGUUUCUUUUUUAAUAUGGUUCAAAAUAUACCUAAAAAUGUAAAUUAUAAAUAAAUUUUCAUAUUAUUACCAAGUCUCCAUAAUCGUACUUAGCCAUAUACAAAUAUGUGGUGGAUUUGACAAAUAUUCAAAAUAUCUCGAUAAAAACUGACUUUUCGAAAAAGUACUGAGAGGCAAAAAAGUUUUUAAAAUAUUGUGUUUAACUAACGGUACUACAAUAAUAAUUAAAUUGGAACGUACACAAAAGUUUGGGGGGGUUUAAAGGAACAAAACCCCCAUAAAAUUCUUAUGGGGUGUCCAAAUUUCACUAUAAUUUUUUCUUAAGAUACUACUACCAUAAGAAUGCCACAUGUCUAUUUUCACUAAAAGAUCUCUAAUAGUUUUCGAUAUAUUGGAAAAAAUCGAUUUUCAUUUUGUAACUUCAAAGGGCUGUAACUUUUUUUAUGUGCACAUUUGUACUAAGGUAAGUUAGGUUCAAUCGAACUAUUUUUGGUCCUAGAAUAUUUGAUUAAAUUUAUGACCUGUAUUUUUGUUACACCCUGUAUAAAAAGUGACAUAUUCCGCACCAAAAGGCAUGAAUCCAUUCUACAAGUGAUUCGCCACUAAAUGGUCUCAUCCGAUAGUAGUAUGUUAAAGACAAACUUGAAGACAGGAGAAGAGGCAUUUAAAUAAAUUUUAUUUACUUUUUACUAUUCAUGCUUUAUAGUGCACAAUACGGAAUUAUAUAUCUAUAAUUUGUUUCUGUAAGAUGAAGGUACGGUAGCCCAAGAUCGCGAAGGUGCUAUACAAAAGGGGUACAAGCUGGAGAUGCCUAUAUUAAGCAAAUUCAGAACAUUGUUGAUAAUAAGUCUUGUCUGACAGUUUCUCGUGGACUUUUAACUUUCCAUUUACAAAGUACGUUAAACCUUAAAUCCUCAUGGCCAUAUUGUCUUGCUAUAGGAUCAGGUCACGUAUUUUACAAAUCUGGACUUUGUAUGGAGUCAGGUCUGAGCAUGUUGUGAGCAAGGGAAAUAUUUUUAUCUUCCAACCGUUUUGUUCAUGUCUUCUUUUUUACUACUUCAAGUGGGAGCUUUGCCCGCCUGUUUACUAUGAUAUGGUGCGUUGUCAACAGCGAUAACACUAUUAGGUGUUUCUAUCAACCACUUCUGAUAGUUUUGAGAAUUCAUUUCGUCGUGUAGUCUCCACUUUUUGUUUGUGAUUUCCUCCUUAGAUAGAAACUUUUCACAAAACCAUUCUUAUUGACAGCACCAACAAUUAUAAGCCUUUGUCUUUUAGAAACGGGUUUUCGAAGACCUUCUGAGCUUGCAUCACUUCCUCACCGAAAAACCUUUCUCUGUCGGCUGCUGUGCGAAAUAAUUCUUGUACCGUGGAACCACUUCUUCUUCUUAAGGUGCCGAGACCGCUUGUCGAUCGUUGGCUCUCAUGUUGCGCAGCAUAUUAACAAUCAUUGUCUUAUUUACAGCCGCACGAAAUAGUUCAGUGCUAGUUUUCCCAAACCAUUGGCGUAGGUUUUUAAGCCAAGAAGUUGUACGGCGGCCCACACUUCUUUUUCCCAUUAUUUUACCUUGCAUGACAAGGUGAAGUAUGUCAUAUUUUUCUGGGUGACGCAUUAUAUGACCAAAGUAUUCCAAUUUGCGCCUUUUAACCGUGUUCACUACUUCGCAACUUUUAUUCAAACGUUGCAAAACCCUUUCGUUUGUGACUCUUUCUACCCAACUGAUAUUCAGAAUACGGCGGUAGACCCACAUUUCAAAUGCUUCUAGGUUUUUUAAAAGCGAUUCUGUCAUUGUCCAUGCUUCAACCCCGUAAAGCAGUACUGGGAAUAUAUAACAUCGGAUCAUUCUUAUGCGAAGUUCCAAAUUUAGAUCAUGACUGCACAGGAUUUUCUUAAAUUUCAUAAAACUUGUUCCUGCUUUGGCAAUUCUACUUUUUAUUUCUGUACUAGGGUUCCAGCUUUCAUUAAUAUGAGUACCCAGAUAUACAAGAUUACUUACUCGUUCAAUUGAGUCAUUACCGAUUGUUACGUUAUAGUUAUUAUUAUUUACGGCUGCCUGUUUACUAAUAACCAUAAACUUUGUUUUUCUUGCGUUGAGUUUGAGUCCAUAUAUCGCGCAGAAUGCCACCAUUCGAUUUAAUAACGCUUGAAGAUGUUCAAUUGAUCCAGUCAGCAACAAGGUGUCAUCUGCGUAUCUGAUAUUGUUCAUACCAUUGUGGAACCACACCAUUCCCUAAUAUUAUACAGCCAUGAAAGUUUGUUUUUUCAAUAAAUCUAUAUCUGUCCCUCCAUCUUUCCUUGUAUGGCAGGCGAAGUUGGUGGUAUUUAGGUCCUCUAAUUAUAUGGUCGAAGUAUACUGUUUUUCUCUGCUUCACUGAUUAGAUUUAACUAAUGUCUGGAGAUCUGAUUUUUCUGCAAAAUAGCUUUAUCGUCAGCUUAUCGUUGAUUACUUCUCCGCCUAGUCUUAUUCCUUCUCGUUUGUGAUCCAAAGCCUCCCUAAAGCUUUCUUUAGAGUAUAGAUUAAAAAACGGGGGCAAAACACAACCCCGUCGUACUCCACGUUUGAUAGGUAGUUUUUCAGUAUGACUAGGUCCAAUUUCAAGAGAACCUAUUUGAUUGUAAUAUAAGUCUUUUACAGUCUUACAUCGUAGUACUGCCCGCAGGCAAUUGUAAAAUAUAUCGUGUUGUACUUGGUCGAAUGCCUUCUAGAAGUCAAACGCUCUUUCGGAACUCACAACUUUUUUGUAAGAUGCUCACAACGCGCAUACAAAACAGUUCCUCUGUAGUUCCUAGACUAUUUUUAAAUAGAAAUUGCUUAUUACCCAUUCUACUUUCGCACAGAAAUAACACUUUUGUAUAAUUCCUAAAAGUAUCUUAUGUACAUGACUCAUCAAACUGAUUGGUCUAAAGUCACUGCAUUUGGUAUGCCUGCUUUUCUUUGGUAGUGUAGUAACAUUGUCUGCAACCAAUCAUCUGGUAUUUUUCCUUCGUUGUAAAUUUUGUUUUAAAGAAAGUGGGUAGAAAGUAGGUAAUAUUUUCAUCGUCCAAAAGAUUAAGUAGCUCAGAAGUGAUUUGAUCUAGCCCGGCUGCUUUAUUUUUUACUAUGUAUUAUACUUUUUAUUAUACAGGAAUUUUUCCUUGUGAUAUCUUUAUUUUUUAUUUUUUUACUUGUUGUAUUGCUUUUCUGACUUCCGGUUCCAAAAUACUGGGACCCCUGCUUAAUUGAUUAUCACAAGUAGUGUGUGUGUAUGUGUAGCAUUUUUUCGAGAAGCAUCGUCAAAAAGGUCACUGAUGUAUCUCUCCCAUUCUUUAAGUACGUGGGCAUUUUUGUUUUCUAAUUCCGGAGGUAUAUUUAAAUUUCUUGUGGAGGUUGAAGCUGUCAUGCUUUUUUAUCUUCUAGUUGUUUGCACGAGUUGUCGUGUCAAAAUCUUUGGCUUGCUUAACUUUUCUUUUUACAAGUGUGUUGAUUUCGCGGUAUUGACAUACGCCACAUAUUUAAUGUUUCACAGGCUUUCACUAUGUUUGCUGCAUUAGCAGUGAACAAGUAAGUGAACGUCUCAUUUGCCUUCCAUUAUUCCAGAAUCCUGUAAAUUUUUGUCUCCCGUUUAGUAGCUAGAGCUUCGAAGCAGUUAUGUCUAAAAACUCAAGAAAUACCAAAAAAAUUUAAGACUACCUACAAUUUGAACAAUUGUGUGUAAUCGUUUAUUCUUUUUCUCUCAUAUUUUAUGUUCCGUAUUGUUUUUAGAAAAUAUACAAAGCCUUGUGGAAUCUUAUGUCUCAGUACUAACGAAACUUAUUAGAAUUUAACCAGUGUUUAAUGGUUUGUCAUUAUGGGAAAUUAAUAUAUAUUUUGUCUGAAAGUAACAUCUUGAUAUAUCGUAGUAGGUAAGAGUGAAAAAUAUAAAAAUCAAUCACUAAUUAACACCCACAGAGGGCAGCUUUAAAAUUAGAUCUGACAGUGGGGGUACCUAAAUAAAAAUUAUAUUGUUAAAAUAAUUAAUACAUAUGUGCAAUACGAUGAUUGACUCCUUUGUUAAUCUAUGUAACAUUAUCUCCAAACGUAAAAAAUCUUAAAUUGUUCAUUCGUAAUAUACUUGACUCAGAUAACUCCAAAAACGCUAAUAUGACUAGGAUUUUUUUUUUCAAUUUAUUUCAUUAUUGUUUGAAAAUGGAAUAUAUAGUAAAAUCUAAUGAAACGUUCGAAAAAGAAUUAAGCUCUUUUUUGUAUUUUUUUUGUGAUAAAUCGCAACAACUGUAAUUUGAUUUCUACUAGUGAACAAACACGCUAUAUAAAUACACUAAGGUUAAAAUGUAUAAUGAUCUUAUUUAGGUUUAUUUAUCAAUAACGGUUUUUUAACUCGAUUUUUUUUUAAAUUAUACAAUAUUACAACUAGCUUCAUGUAUUUAUAUUUAAGUAAAUAAAAUUAUUUAUUUGUUAAA